UACAUUCUAUCGAUUGCUUCGUUAUUUUCAGCCAGCGAUUUCUGUUUCAAGUCGUGUUGUCACCUGUCUUCCAUCGUCUCUCUUCUUCCACGGAAAUUUCCCCGACGUUUUCGACUUGUAUCUAGAUUUAUUGGGGCGUGCGCUCACCUGGACUCCACUUCACCAUCACCUUCCAACGAAAUCUGCAAAGAGAACUAUUUUCCACAAUGCCUGCACUAUGGGAAGAGGUCAUGAGAGAUGAACAUCUGAUUGAAUAUCUCCAGGAGAUUGCUAAAGACACAGCCUUUUUACAUGGAGUGCUGAUGCGGACCAAAGAAACUUCAAACUCACAUGAGGUGGUGAGUUUUGCACAGUUCACAUUGUUUCCCACACGAGUGCCCAGCACUGUCUUUACUCAAGCGCUGACAGUACAGACACAUUUUAACCUGCUGGUGGAUCGGGUCAGUCUGAACCCCUCCUUCUUGAAGGAAUCUCUAGCUAGCACCAUCAAAGCUGAUGAUUUUACAGCCAGACUUUUUAACAUAUACAAACAAGUGCAGCAAGAGGGUCGUGCCCAACCAAUAGUUCUUGGGCUGAAUCGCUUGGACUACAUGUUAGACCAGAGUUCAGAUGGUGUGACAUGCUUAAAGCAGAUUGAAAUCAACACUAUUGCUGUAGGGGGCGCAGGUCUUGCCUCACCGACCCCAGAUGUCCAUCGUCACAUUCUGAAGGUUGCAAACCUGUUAGAGGAACGAAAUCAUAUUCUUGACAACAAUCCAGCAGAAGGUUUUGCGAGAGGUUUGGCAAAGGCCUGGGAGCUCUAUGGAUCUGAAAGCGCAGUGGUGAUGUUUCUGGUUGAGGAUCUCCAGAGGAACAUUUAUGACCAACGAUUUGUAGAAAAUGAGCUGUGGAAGAAAAAUAUUCCUGUAAUCAGAAGACGGUUUGGAGAUCUGUGUAGAACUGGAUAUCUGGAUCAGAACAGGAGACUUUAUGUAGACGGCAAAGAAAUCGCCAUUGUUUAUUUCCGUAACGGAUACAUGCCCCAAAACUACACCUCGGAGCAGAGUUGGGAUGCUCGACUGAUGAUGGAGCGAUCUCUGGCUGUGAAGUGUCCAGACAUCAGCACUCACCUCGCUGGUACCAAGAAGGUCCAGCAGGAGUUGGCCCGAGCUGGCGUUCUGGAGCGCUUCUUUCCAGAUGAACCUGAAACUGUUGCUAAGAUACGGGCUACUUUCACUGGGCUGUACACAUUGGACAUGGGAGAAGAAGGUGAUAAAACUGUGGCAAUGGCUUUGGCAAAUCCAGAUCAGUAUGUCCUCAAACCUCAGAGAGAGGGAGGUGGUAAUAACAUUUAUGGGCAGGAGAUCUGUGAGGUACUGGAGAAAGUGAAGAACUCUAGUGAAAGAACGGCCUACAUCCUGAUGGACAAGAUCCAGCCUGUCCCAUCACAGAACUAUCUGGUCCGGCCCGGAGCUCCUGUUAAACUGAACGAAUGUGUGUGGGAGCUGGGUGUGUUUGGAGUGUAUGUCAGAAAAGGGGAAAAUAUGGCGUUUAAUGAAUGUGUGGGCCACCUGAUGAGGACCAAGAGCUCUGAACAUGCUGAUGGGGGUGUGGCUGCAGGAAUAACAGCUCUGGACAACCCACUUUUGUUCUGAACUAUACUGCCCCCAGUGGACAGAUACAUUAAGGGCAGGGAUUGGUCAUUUUCCAUACGCAGUUGCAGUGUCCCAGUAUUUUACAACAGUUGAAAUCAUGGGUAUUGGAACCAUUGUAUGUGGGUGGGACAGGACAAUGAUAUUGGACUCGCUCACUUUUUUAACGUCUCAUUUACCGCAGGCAGAGCGCCGUCAGUCAAAUCAAUUCCACUUGGAAAUGCUUAAAGGGGUCAUUUGGUGCGACUACGUGUUUUUCUGGUUCCUUUAUGUGGUAUAAGUUGCUCAGGCAUGUAUUAGACACGUAAAAAAAAAACUCUUAGAGUAUUCAACCAAUCACUACACACAAGGUUAACUGGCCAAUCAUAGCACACCUCGCUCUUCAGAGAGGAGCUUUGUAAAAUAUCUGUGCGUUUCAGAGAGGCAGGGCAAAGAUGAGAUACAAACAGGCACGGUAGGGGAAAAUACAGUGUUUUUGAAACUCAAAUCGUGUAUACACAUUACAUUACAUCUAAAACAAACCAUAAUAUUCGUUUAGCCAACUCAUAUGACCCCUUUAAUAAAUUAAACUCCAUAUCGCAAUUUCGCAUCAUACUUGAUUUGCACGGUUCUGCUUCCUCAAAUCCAAUCCUAUCGGAUCAUUCACAGUUCAUACAAAUUAAACUCUAUCCCGCAUUUUAGCUACAGCCUGGAUUUACAAGUUAAAGUUAAAAUCUGAAGAUGCACUUUCUGGGGGAGGACGCGCCCACAUUUCUUGAGACGCCCAUGGUUGAAAAACUUUAAAUAGGAGUUGUGACACUUUCACACAAGGGACAUGCUCUAUUUAUUAGUUAUUUUAUGUAUUGUAGAGAUUUCUUAAGUCCAUUUUAUUCCUCUUAACCUUUUUAGAGCAUGUCUUUAAGAAGUGCUAGGUUGGCCUGGUCACAUGACAGGAAGCAAGAAGUAUAUAUGAAAAUUCCGUGGAUAUAUAUAUAUUAACCUCACUGUCCGCUGGAUCGCACGUCAACUCCGCCACCAUAUUGGUGAGGGCAAAAGCCGACUAUAAAGACAAAUGAGUGAAUGGUGGAGCUGCCAUUUUCUGUAUGAUAUCACAAAAUAGUUUUCAUUUCUCAACUCAUUUUAAUACAGUUCUAUUAACGUGGAGUACGCGGAAACCUUUUGGCUCCCGUUAAAGAUGGUUAUAGACUUGAAAAUGUAUUUAAAUAAAUAAUUAAAUAAUGUAACAUUGGAAUAUAUAAUAUAUACAUACAUAAGAUAUAUAAUAUUUGCAAUUUUAAAGGCAUGACAACAAAUGUAUU